CUUUCGGUAAAUCCUCCCCGUGCCCCGGGGAAAGUCCGGCAGCCGACCCGGGCCGGGCUCAGCGGCAGCGGAGCGGCGAGGGAGGGGAUCCGCAGCCUGUGCCGGGGGACACCGGGCUGUCCCCGAGCAGUGCCACCCUCUCCGUCCCGGGCAGGGCUGUCCCCGAUGGCUGCCGAGGCUGUCCCCACGCCGCCCGGCAAUGUCAGCGGGCCGCUUUGCCCCGUGGAUUCCGCCUUCGCCCAGCGCUUCCUGCCCACCGUGUACCUGACCGUGAUCCCUCUGGGGCUGCUGGGCAACGCGCUGGGGCUGUGGCAUCUCUGCACGGGGCGCCGGGAGGGUGCCCGCCAGCCCCUCAGCCUGCUGGUGGCCAACCUGGGGCUGGCUGACCUGCUCUAUGUCAGCACGCUGCCUUUCCUCGUCAGCUACUACCUGCGAGGCAGAGAGUGGCUCUUCGGGCAGCCCUGGUGCCGCCUCACCCGCAGCCUCUUCCACCUCAACCUGUACGCCAGCAUCGGCUUCCUGACGUGCAUCAGCAUCCACCGCUACCUGGGCAUCGUGCACCCGCUGAAGGCGCGGGGUCGGUGCCAGGGCGCAGCAUCCUCGGGCUGGCUCAGCGCCCUGGUCUGGCUCUGGGUCAUGGCGCAGAUAACUCCUGACCUGGCCUUCAGCAAGACGGAUAAGAGAGGGGUGAAGUGCCACGACACGACGGGACAGGAUGACCUGGGCACUUACGUGCCCUACACCCUCGCUGUCACCGUGACCGGCUUUGUCAUCCCGUUCCUCAUCAUCAUCGGCUGCUACUGCCACGUGGUGUUCGUGCUCUGCAGGAACGACAGCGUGGAGCCCGGCCUCAGGAGGAGAAGCAUCGGGCUGGUGAUUCUCGUCAUGGUUCUCUUCUCCAUCUGCUUCCUCCCCUACCACAUCUUCAGAAACCUCAACUUGUUUUAUCGUGGCUGGCAGGGSUCCUGCACCCGGGCUAUAGGGAACGUCUACGUUUCCUACCAGGUGACUCGGGGCCUGGCCAGCCUCAACAGUGCCCUCAACCCCCUGCUCUAUGUGAUCACCAGCAGAGACUGGAGGUCACGAGUGAGGAGCAUCCGCCAAAGCGCCAYGCAGUGUCUGAGGCCAACCUUCAGGAGCCAGGCAGGUGAGAAGGGGARCGUCAUUCUUUGUAAAGGGGGGUCUUCUGAUGAGCCCUGAGGUACCCAACUCCUGCUUCUGCCACAUCAGCUUGUGCUUGGCCCUUCCCUGGGGACAGCCCCUGCCUUGACAGCUGUUCUGCAGGGAUGGUGACAGCAGCAUCACAGGCUCUGCACAAGGGACAGACAGGACUGUCAGCACUGGAGAGCAAACUGGGACCAGAUUUUGACAGCAAAGCUAUUAAACACAAUCAUUUAUGCUACAAUGUGCCUGGAGAUGGAAACAGAUGAACAUCAUGGAGAUGUUCGCACCAUCCAAAGAAUUUCCCUCCAGCCUCCCGUGCAGUGACCUGAGCUGGUUCACAUCCCCUUGCUUCCCAGCUCCUCUGUGACUGAAGGAUGGAAGUGAUGCCUUUUCCCUCUGCUGCAUCCCCUCCACCCCACUGGACAUGGAUUUGACACAGGAUUCCCUCUUUCACUACAGACAGGUCCUGCAUUGCAGAACAGCUGAGAGGGUGAAUUUUUGCAGGGGGGGAAGUGCUUUGGAAAUUGAAGCAUUCUUUAAAAAAUGAGGUUUUAAGUACAUGACUAAGCUGUGCCAAUUCCUGGGUGACUGAGCUGUUUCAGGAUCUGUAGGAUCCUCUACUGCCCACCUCCUUUUCAGAAUUAAAAAUCAUUUUUGGCCUUACUCACUCUCCUUUGGAAGAGCAUACAGCAGACAUGAACAAAUGGGCAUUUUAAAGUUUUUGGAGGCUGUUGGUUGGGGGUUUAUUUUGGAAGGUGAAUGACUGCAGUAGCCUGAACUCCUGCUUGCAGCAGGCAAAUGCCARGAGAGCUUGCAGAUCUUCAGGUGGGUGCUUGCUUUUUGCAUCCAGCCUUGUGAAAGUAUUAGACACGACUUAUAAAAAUUAGAUGUGCAAAAAAAACCGAGAAGCAGUGCUGGCUUGAGGGCUUGUGAAGGCAGGAUUUGGUGGUGAGGGCAGCUGCCUGUCAUGGCCAGGGUUGAGGGAUCUCUGCUUUGGGGUGAGCAGAGCCUCCCAAGCAGUAUUUUGGUUUUUUAUGCUUUUGGUGUUUACCCACCAUGAACAGCUCGAACAUUUCAAUUCAAUAAUGUCAUUUGCAGCAGCUUUUGCAGCCCAGCUGAAGGAAGUAGGUCAUGAGUUAAAAUCAGGUCCUUCUGGGAAAGCACUGGCCCACAGAUGGACACUGUGCUCUUUUCCUGACAUUUAUCUGUCAGCUGUUCCUCGCACUGACCCACCUUGGCUGGGCAGCGGAGGGAGCACAGCUGSCUUUCAGCGCUGUUCAUGUCUACAGUGCAAAUAAACACCUCGUGCUUUCAGUUUUGAGUCGUCUGGCUUCUUUCAGAGCUUYGCAG